CAGCGCCAACAUACGGCACAGAAGAAGAGCCACGACCUUUCAAGCCGCAGAACUGACGGAUAGAAACAGGCUUCUAUCUUGUAUGUUUUGUUUAUUUAAAAUGAUUUGACGGGACAUUCAAGACAAGAAAAUCCCGAGAUGCUUCGUUUUUCUUUAGUAGUUUUCGGCAGAGGAACCGUUAAAAGGUUCGCCUCUUCAUUUGCUGGUGAGAGCGCUGUACCAUCCAACCUACUGUUACCGACCAACCUGGUGGAUCCAUCCAGAACAAAGCGUCCGCCUCCUUCUGCAGAUUGCUCCUUACCUGUCCUCCGGACAUGUGACGCUGCGAUUCCUGCUCACCUGAGCCCCAUCCAGACGUGGGUGGAGACUCUGGAGCGGCAGGACAGUGAGCCAGUGGGCGUGGCUCAGCUCCACCCAGACGUGUUUGCGGUGCAGCCGAGGUUGGAUAUUCUCCAUCAAGUUGAAAUAUGGCAGAGGAAUUUCAAAAGAAUAAGCCACGCCCACACAAAGGUCAGGUCAGAGGUCAAAGGUGGAGGCAGGAAGCCAUGGAAUCAGAAAGGAGGUGGAAGAGCUCGCCAUGGAAGCAUCAGAUCACCCAUAUGGAGAGGAGGUGGGGUGUCUCACGGACCAAGAGGACCCACUAGUUAUUACUACAUGCUGCCCAUGAAAGUUCGCGUUCAAGGACUCAAAGUGGCACUGAGCUCCAAGAUGACGCAGGACUACCUGCACAUCGUGGACUCCCUGAACAUCCCCACCCCAGACCCUCAGUACCUGCUGGACCUGAUCCGACACAGACACUGGGGACAGUCUGUGUUAAUAGUCCAUGUAGGUGAAGAGCUUCCUGAAAACAUCCUUCAGGCCACAGCAGAUAUGAAGACAGUGAACAUCAUUCCAGCCAUCGGUCUGAACGUCCAUAGUAUGCUGAAACAUGAGGCCCUCGUCCUCACUAUGGAAACGGUCCAGUUUCUGGAAGAGAAGCUGCUUUGGCACGACAAGCGCUACACACCUCUGUACCCAUUUAAACUGCCCUACUCCGACCUGUAACAUAUGCACUGACUGAAGAGCCAAAUGUUUUCAUUACGUUUAUUAUGUUUAACAAAAAAAUAUCAUUAAUAAAUAGUGACAAUGAUUUAAAAAAGUAAAA